AUGAGCGGCAAGAAGACAGAAAAUGGAAAAAUUCGUUCCAAGGAGAGCAUUCUUGGCGGGGUCUGGGUGGUAUUUAUAUCUUCUCUACCAAUCGCAUUGGCAGCAUUAGGAAAUGCAUUUAAACCAACCAUUACAAUUAUGGCAGUUAACCAAGACAAGAAAGAUGAAGCAUCUUUGGCUGCCAUUGGUCUUGGUACAACGAUCUUGAAUUGAGUGAUAAGGACCUUGAUUCUUGGAUACAACCACUCGACGACAACUUUGAUUUCCCAAGCUUACGGAGCCAAAGAUUAUGGUGAAGUUAAAAGACUGCUUUCAAAGAUCCGAACAGUUUAUUCUCUUGGACUCAUCCCCUUCUUCGUCAUUGUCUUCUUUGCGGGGUCUUUCUUGAAGAUAAUAGGACAACCUGUAAAGCUCUCUGAAGAUACAGAGUUCUUCAUAAGACUCGCCUGUCUUUCGUUUAUUGGCCAGCUUCAUUACGACAUCAACAGAAGAUAUCUUAAUGCAGUAGGAAUGAGAAAGAUUCAAAUGCCGAUUCCAUACAUCACCCUGGUCCUUCACGGAGUCUGGUGCUUUAUCUUUUUGAACAAGCUAGAAUGGAAGGCAGAAGGCGCAGCUGCGGUCCAGUUCCUGCAGUUUUUCGGGAAUUUUGGCAUUAGUGAGUACAUCAUCUCGAAAUAUGCAAGUGAUUCCGGUGAUGGAAAAGAGGACAAGCACACAAGCCCAGACUUGACAAUCUCAGAAGGAAUAGACAUGAUUAUGCACGGGAUCCCAUCUGCUUUAUACGAAAUAAUCUCUAGAAUAUCAAAUGAAGCGCCAACCUUUGUGGCUGGAUUCAUUGCUGUCGAGUUAGUGAUGGAAUUCAAAUAA